AUGGUGCAAGAAAAGUUUCAAAUAAUAAUGGGUAUUCAAUUAGCAUCCAGUACUCUGGUAGUCUGUUUCAUUUUGUAUAAACUAACAAACACUCCUAUGAACUCGACGUAUCUGCAAUUUGUUCUUUACAUGGCUUGCAUGAUGUCGCAGAUCUACUUUUACUGUUGGUACGGAAACGAGCUCAAACUGAAGAGCGUCGAGGUAGUAGACGCCAUUUCUGAAAUGGACUGGAUGUCGCUCGACAACAAGAGCCAGAAAGACCUGAUACAUAUAAUGAGGAGAGCACUGAAUCCAAUUGAAUUGUCCUGUGCAUAUAUUUAUACGAUGGAUCUUAGCACCUUCAUGAGCAUACUGAAAAUGUCCUACUCGGUGUAUAAUUUACUUCAAAGGACGUAA